AGAACAGAACAUUCUUUUUUUUUUUCAUUUUUUUUUUCAGAAGCUCAUCAGAGGAAGAAGAAGAAAACCAAAAACUCAAUGAAACAAACAAAGACCAAGACUUUCGCUUCCGUACACUUGUCGUCGUCAUGUAUCCUUCUCCUUGUUCUUCUCUUAUUACUCUUUCUCUCUCCAACCACACCACGACGUGCUUUCCUCUCAUUCUCUUUUCUCCUGACUUCUACUUUCUCUUCCCCCAUUCGUUCCCCAUUCCCUCCGUUCCCUUUGAUCAUCAUCAUCCAUGGAUUCACAGCUAAUCAACGAAGAGGAAGACGAAAAGGCAUUGUCCACACUCGUCCCUGUUCCGCCGCGGCGAAAGACGCAGUCUUUUAGCUUACAGUUCGAUCAAAAGCCUCACCACCAGAUCCGCAAACACAGCCUCGACGAGGUUCCUAGAUCCGCCACUUUAGGAUCCGACACCGUUUAUUUCGACUCCUCCGACGACGAAUUCUCCACCGCGGCUAACAUCGUUAGCGGAGAUAACGCCGGCGAUGGAAACGGCGGAGGAGGAGGAGGAGGAGCUGAGGAUUACCUCAUCGUUAAUCCUCCUCCUAAUGUCGGUGUUGGGGACGACGACACCGAGCCUUUGCCGGAGUUCAUCGGCGCGGGAGGCGGUUCCGGGAUAUUUAAGGUUCCGGUGCGUGCGGCGGUGCAUCCAGGACGUCCGCCGUGUCUUGAGCUGAGGCCUCAUCCGUUGAGGGAGACGCAGACUGGGAAUUUCUUGAGGAACAUUGCUUGUACGGAGACGCAGCUUUGGGCUGGCCAAGAGAAUGGUGUCAGGUUUUGGAAUUUGGAAGAUGCGUAUGAGGCAGGGUGUGGGAUUGGUGGCCAGGUUCGCCGAGGGGAUGAGGAUACGGCCCCCUUUCAUGAGUCUGUUACUACUUCUCCCACUAUGUGUUUGGUGGCUGAUGAAAGCAACAAGCUUUUGUGGAGUGGUCAUAAGGAUGGUAAAAUCAGGGCUUGGAAUAUGAUCCAUCAGCCUUCUGAUGAUGAUAAUGAUGAUCAUGAUGGUGAUGGUCCGAUGCCUUUCAAGGAACGAAUCUCGUGGCAAGCUCAUCGUGGUCCUGUCAAUUCCAUUGUCAUUAGCUCUUAUGGUGAUAUGUGGUCAUGUUCUGAAGGAGGUGUCAUAAAAAUAUGGCCUUGGGAUCCAUUAGAGAAAUCUCUUCUGCUUAAACAGGAGGAGAAACACAUGGCUGCGUUAUUAGUGGAGAGGUCUGCUAUUGACCUAAGGAGCCAAGUUACUGUCAAUGGGACAUGUAGCAUAUCUUCCUCAGAGGUCAAGUUUUUGUUAGCCGAUUCAGUAAAAGCUAAAGUGUGGGCUGUGCAGUCACUCUCGUUCUCAAUCUGGGAUGCUCGGAGUAAAGACCUUCUGAAAGUUUUAAAUGUUGAGGGGCAAGUUGAGAAUCGUGUGGACAUGCCACCUAUACAAGAUCAACAAGUUGAUGAUGAGAUGAAACUGAAAUUCUUCUCUGGUUCAAAAAGGGAAAAACCACAGGGCUUUCUGCAGCGAUCACGUAAUGCCAUAAUGGGAGCUGCAGGAGCUGUUCGCCGAGUCGCCACCAGAAGUGCAGGAGCGUUUUCGGAAGAUACUAGGAAGACAGAGGCUAUCGUGUUAGCUGUAGAUGGAACAAUUUGGACUGGAAGCAUAAGUGGACUCAUUGUUCAGUGGGAUGCAAAUGGAAACCGCUUGCGGGAUGUGAAUCACCACCAACGUCCUGUUUUGUGCUUUUGCACUUUUGGUGAUCGACUAUAUGUGGGUUAUGCAAGUGGCUACAUCCAGGUCUUGGAUUCCGACGGAAAGCUAAUUUCAAGCUGGGUUUCACACAAUGAACCAGUUAUUAAGCUAGCAGCAGGGGGUGGUUUCAUUUUUAGUCUGGCCACUCAUGGUGGAGUACGAGGAUGGUAUGUGACAUCUCCAGGACCCCUGGACAAUAUAAUCCGAACGGAAUUGUCUCAGAAGGAAACUUCAUAUGCCAGACAAGACAAUGUUAGAGUUUUAAUUGGUACCUGGAAUGUUGGUCAAGGACGGGCUUCACACGAUGCACUUAUGUCGUGGCUGGGCUCUGUCACUUCAGAUGUGGGCAUUGUUGUUGUCGGGUUGCAAGAGGUGGAGAUGGGUGCAGGCUUCCUUGCUAUGUCUGCUGCUAAAGAAACGGUUGGACUUGAAGGAAGUGCUGUGGGGCAGUGGUGGAUUGAUGCAAUUGGAAAAGCACUUGACGAAAAGAAGACUUUCGAGCGUAUGGGUUCAAGGCAGUUGGCAGGACUUCUGAUAUCUCUUUGGGCGAGGAAGGAUAUUAGAACACAUGUUGGAGAUCUUGAUGUUGCAGCAGUUCCAUGUGGCUUUGGCCGUGCCAUUGGCAACAAGGGAGGUGUAGGUCUGAGAAUCAGAGUUUAUGACCGAAUUAUGUGCUUUGUGAAUUGCCACUUGGCUGCACAUUUGGAAGCAGUUAAUCGCAGAAACGCAGAUUUCAAUCACAUUUUUCGUUUGAUGGUGUUUUCCCGGGGACAAAAUCUAAAUAACACUGCAGCUGGUAUGGUUGGUCCCAAGUUUAUGCUGUUUGCUCCUUUCCAGAUUCCAAGCACCGGCGCUGAAGAAACCAAGUCUGAUCUAGCAGCAGCAGACAUGGUCACAUUUUUUGGCGAUUUUAACUAUAGGCUGUUUGGUAUAUCCUAUGAUGAAGCAAGAGACUUCAUUUCACAGCGAUCCUUUGAUUGGCUCAGAGAAAGAGACCAACUUAGAGCAGAGAUGAAACUUGGAAAAGUCUUCCAAGGAAUGCGUGAGGCAUUAAUCACUUUCCCUCCCACGUACAAAUUCGAAAGGAAUCGCUCAGGCCUAGGAGGAUAUGAUUCAGGUGAGAAAAAGCGAAUUCCUGCAUGGUGUGACAGAGUUAUAUAUAGAGAUACUCAAUCCAGCCCAUUCUCAGAGAGCAAUUUGCAAUGCCCUGUAGUCUCAUCGGUUAUAAUGUAUGAAGCUUGCAUGGAUGUUACUGAGAGCGAUCACAAACCCGUGCGCUGCAAAUUUCAUGCGACUAUAGCUCACGUUGAUAAAUCUGUGCGGAGACAGGAGCUGGGGAAAAUAGUAAGGUCUAAUGAGAAGAUACUAUCCAUUUUCGAAGAUUUAAGAUUGGUUCCAGAAACUACUGUGAGCACCAACAACAUUGUUCUUCAGAGUCAGGACACAGUCAUCCUAACAAUCACAAACACUUCAACCACGAGCAAAGCCAUUUUUAACAUUCUAUGCGCCGGACAAGCUAUAGUUAAGGAUGAUGGAGAAGAUUCUGACUAUAAUCCACGAGGCUCCUUUGGUCUGCCACGCUGGCUUGAGGUUUCGCCUGCAGCCGGGAUAAUACAUCCGGAAGGAUCCGUGGACGUGAAAGUUCAUCACGAAGAUUUUCACUCAUUGGAGGAACAUGUUGACGGCAUCCCACAGAAUUGGUGGUGCGAAGAUACUCGAGAUAAAGAAGCAAUCCUGAUGGUGAACAUUCGAGGAAGCUGUUCAACUACAUUGACAAGCCACUCUAUCAAAGUCCGUCACUGCUUCUCAGCCAGAGUAUGCCUCCUUGAGAACAGACCCACAAACCUAACAAAGAACUUAGGCGGUUCACGUCGUUACCCAACAGAUAUUACCCGUAAUGGAAGCACUAGACCAAAAACUGAAGACUCGGUUAAACGAGGUAAAAGCCGGUGAUGAGCUCUUGUAACAUUGACAGUUUUAACUAGAACUUAGAGCAGAGGAACAACAAAGUCAUCACAAAAUAUGCAUCAUCAGGUGAAGAAGAAUUGGUUUCAUUUAUUCUUUGAUUCUUUAGGAAAUCCGUUGUGUGAAAAAAUUGUAGAUUUGCUUCGAGACUGUUCCUCAAAGGUAGUAGCAUGUAUUCAACUUUUGUACCUCCUCACUUGAAUCAAAACGGUUCACAGGUACGUGAUCCGCGUAUACAUUUGUUACUCUCUUACAUUAAACUGUCCAUUCCUGAGAUUUUAGUCUCAGAGUGCAUACA